AUGAUCCUUCAUAGGCGACAAGUAAGAGAACUUAGGUCUCAAGAUAGGACAGUGACUACUAAUAGUGUCUUUCCCAUUGUCUUUGAUACUGUGCCUGAGUUCCAACCUACAUUGAUCAAUAUGGCCGCCAAUGAAAACAAUGGCAAUGAGAAUGGGAAUGAUGCUAAUAGAACCAUUAAAGAAUUGGCUGCCCCUGAUGUGCAUUAUCAACCCUUGUGUAUUCACUAUCCUCAAUUGGAGGCAAACUUUGAACUGAAAUCUGGAUUGAUACAUUUGCUUCCUAAGUUUCAUGGUCUUGCAGGUGAAGAUCCACACAAGCAUCUAAAGGAGUUUCAUGUGGUAUGCUCCACCAUGAGGCCGCAAGGGGUUGAUGAAGAACAAAUAAAGCUAAGGGCAUUCCCUUUCUCUCUUGAUGGAGCUGCUAAAGACUGGCUGUAUUACUUGCCACCCGCUGCCAUUACCAAUUGGGAUGGCCUGAGGAGAAUAUUUCUGGAGAAGUUCUUCCCUGCUUCCAGAACAGCAGCCAUCCGGAAGGACAUCUGUGGCAUCCGACAGAUGGGUGGAGAAAGCUUGCAUGAGUAUUGGGAGAGAUUUAAGAAGUUGUGUGCUAGCUGUCCUCAUCACCAGAUAAGUGACCAGCUCCUCAUUCAAUAUUUUUAUAAAGGCUUGCUCCCCAUGGACAGGUACUUAGUGGAUGCUGCGUCUGGAGGAGCCUUAGUGGAAAAGACACCAGCUGCAGCCCGGGACUUAAUUUCAAAGAUGGCUCAAAAUGCACAACAAUUUGGUACUAGGUUGAACACUCCCAUGAAGACUGUCAAUGAGGUUGGUUUUGCUGCACCUAUGGACCAACAGAGAAUAGAGAAUAGGCUGGAGGAAUUAACUUCAAUGGUUCGCCAGUUAGCCCUUGAUCGAAACCAGCCCCCGCAGAAUUUGGAGACACAGAUUGGGCAGUUAGCAACUAACAUAAAUGAGCUAAGGAGUCAAGGCUCGGGUCAACUACCUUCACAGCCAAUAUCCAAUCAAAAGGGAAAUGUGAGUGCGAUCAUGCUGCGUAGUGGUAAAGAAGUGAAUGUUCCAAAGAAGGCACAAGAAGAAACCGGUAGAAAAGAAGAGUCGCAUCCCCUCUCAAUUCAAGGGGCCAAGCAGCACAUCAACAAUGAUCAGGUCCAGGGAGAGAACCCCUACACCAAUCCAUUGCCUUUUCCCCAUAGAGCCACUCAAAACAAGAAGAGGGUUGAAGCUGAGUUGGAUAAGGAGAUCAUGGAGACUUUCCAGAAGGUCGAAGUCAAUAUACCACUCUUGGAGGCCAUCAGAUAG